AGAACAGUGUCAUUCCAAGGAUAAUCUUAUAGGGACUGCAAAUGCUUCCAUUCAACCUGGCUUACACUGCACUUCUUACUCUUAGUCUAUCAUUCCAAGGUACGACAGGUCAGCGUCCAUGCCCUAACGACCUGUACGAUACCAAUCUUUGUCCUUCUAAAGAGAAUUGUUACAAAGAUCCAAAAGCGAUCAAAUAUACUCCUCCGCAGAACCCUGCCAUACAGUGCCCUGGUAAUUACUUCAUGAGGUUUACAUUCACUGAUAAUAAGGCCAUGGAUAAUCUGAUAGUAAAACGUGAUUGGAAAUUUCUCAAAUGCCAAAAUGGUGAAUGGAAAAUGGAUUAUUGGCCCUACUGGCUCCCUAUCCGUCACUUGGCCUGCUACCCAAAGCGCAUAUAAAGUCUCAACUUCUCGAAAUUACACACAUCCUAAGCUCAGUAAAGAGUUCUGAAAACCUAAUGACUUGUACCCAAGCUAAAUGCAUGUUUUGUCUGUUGGUUUCGCAGUUGGAGGUACAGAAGGAAUAUGCUGCUAUCGCGCUUGUCAUCACACUCAUCAAAAAUAUUCUUGAGUUAAGAAUUCAAUACCAUUUUUUUACCUACUCUGUACAUUGCGUAAAGGAAAAGCAAUUUUUUGUAGGCAUUGCUUACGUCAAGUAAUCUUCUUUCUGUUUUCUCUUGGUUCUUAGAGCUCCGUGUAUUUGCUAUCACCUAUUUACCUUGUGAGGACAACAAUGCAAGUGUACAUUCCCCUUUGCUCUAUUUUUCUGAUAUCCACGGUCAAAAAUUGCAUUCUAUGUUGAAACAUGUGUACUAUUUGCUGGGGCUUAUGCUAUACAUAACGCGUAUCAGAAAUUAAGUUUCAGAAACUUUUAUUGGAAAUUUCACCAUGAACAUGACCUGUCGUAGUAG